CGGCGGCCGAGCGGAGGCAGAUGACUCAGCCUCUGUGCUCCCAACGGCCCCCACCUCAUCCCUCGUGCUCAGCCCAUGCAGCGGGUGAGGCGAGCCAGCCCUCCUGGCCAUGGGAGGAGCCGUGGUUGACGAGGGUCCCACGGGCAUCAGGGCCCCUGACGGAGGCUGGGGCUGGGCUGUCCUCUUCGGCUGUUUCGUCAUCACCGGCUUCUCCUACGCCUUCCCCAAGGCCGUCAGCGUCUUCUUCAAAGAGCUCAUGCACGAGUUCGGGAUUGGCUACAGCGACACAGCCUGGAUCUCCUCCAUCCUGCUGGCCAUGCUCUACGGGACAGGCCCACUGUGCAGCGUGUGUGUGAACCGCUUUGGUUGCCGCCCUGUCAUGUUGGUGGGUGGCCUCUUCGCGUCCCUGGGCAUGGUGGCCGCGUCCUUCUGCACGAGCAUCAUCCAGGUCUACCUCACCACCGGGGUCAUCACUGGCUUGGGUUUGGCGCUCAACUUCCAGCCCUCGCUGAUCAUGCUCAACCGUUACUUUAACAAGCGGCGCCCCAUGGCCAACGGGCUGGCAGCAGCGGGCAGCCCCGUGUUCCUGUGUGCCCUGUCCCCGUUGGGGCAGCUGCUGCAGGACAGCUACGGCUGGCGGGGCGGCUUCCUCAUCCUGGGCGGCCUGCUGCUCAACUGCUGUGUGUGCGCUGCGCUCAUGAGGCCUCUGGUGGCGUCCCAGCCAGGCGCGGGGUCAGGGCCCCAGCUGCCCUCGCGGCGCCUGCUGGACCUGAGCGUCUUCCGGGACCGCGGCUUCGUGCUCUACGCGGCAGCCGCCUCCAUCAUGGUGCUGGGGCUCUUCGUGCCACCUGUGUUUGUGGUGAGCUACGCCAAAGACAUGAAAGUCCCCGACACGCAGGCCGCCUUCCUGCUCACCAUCCUGGGCUUCAUCGACAUCUUUGCGCGGCCUGCCGCUGGCUUCCUCACGGGGCUCAAGAAGGUGCGGCCCUACUCCGUCUACCUCUUCAGCUUCGCCAUGUUCUUCAACGGCUUCACCGACCUCACGGGCUCCACGGCCAGCGACUACGGCGGCCUGGUGGUCUUCUGCAUCUUCUUCGGCAUCUCCUACGGCAUGGUGGGGGCCCUGCAGUUUGAGGUGCUCAUGGCCAUCGUGGGCACCUCCAAGUUCUCCAGCGCCAUUGGCCUCGUGCUGCUGCUGGAGGCGGUGGCCGUGCUCAUCGGGCCGCCAUCGGGAGGCAAGCUCCUGGACGCAACGCACGUCUACAAGUACGUGUUCAUCCUGGCGGGGACCGAGGUGCUCACCUCCUCCCUGGUGCUGCUGCUGGGCAACUGCUUCUGCAUCAGGAAGAGGCCCAGGGAGCCCCAACCCAAGGCAGCCACCGCAGAGGAAGAGAAGCUCCACAAGCCCUCAGCGGACACGGGGGUGGACUCUCGGGAGGUGGAGCACUUCCUGAAAGCAGAGCCCGAGAGGAAUGGGGAGGUCGUGCACACCCCGGAAACCAGUGUGUGAGGGUCAGGCGGGCUGGCAGGGCACAGGGAACAGGUACGGAGACUGGCAACGCUCGUAUUUAUUUCACAAACAGGACUAGCUUAGGCGGGGCCCUCGCUCGGCUCCGGGGGCCUGGUCGGCGGGUCGUCACCUGAGCAGUGUUUUGCGGGGGAGGUGGUGGAGUGGGAACCGUGUCAUUCCAAAGCUGAUCUGCGGUGAAGCCAAGCCUCGAGGUUACGAGCCGUCUGCGCCAGGGGCCCAGCCUGCCGACCCCCAGCCCUGAGCCCGCUGUGCUCAAGGACCUAGAAACCCGCGCUUCGGAGACAACAUGACUUUAAUCGGGCAGGGCAGGGACAGGCUGGCAGGUGGGCCCCGCCGUGGGCCCCGUCCUGCACCCUCGGGCUCUGCGGAGCUGCCCCGGGCCAGCCCUCCCGGUGUCCACCCGAGAGGAAGGGGGGAAGUAAACCCGUGUGGGGGAGGCCCAGGAGGAGCCCUUUCCUUCAAGCGUGUGGAGCUGUGUUCUCUGUGGUCUGUCUGCCCUGAAUCUCACUUCUGUUAAGAAAUGACCUGGUGACGGUCACAGAGUG